CGCGUUUCUGCUGCAAAUAAGCACUUUAUAACUGAUCGAAACGAGGGCUAAACCUUAUCAUUGAGCCUUCCGCUGUUUUAAAAGUCGAAACGGUUCACGAAAGAAGGAUUAACGGUGUAAAACGUGAGACAGUGCGUGAAACGGUGGGUGAGCACGCAAAAGAGAACGGCUUGCCGGCUCGGCUAGUCUACUGGAAGAUUCCAUUGUGAGUGGGCUUUCAAAAAGUUUUAUCUCUGAAAAUCCAGUGUUUUCGUGCAUUCCGUCGUUCGCCCGUAGAUGAAACUCGAAUGACAGACGUCCAAUGGAUUAGUGUCACUACGUCGGUGAACAGAGGUGGAAUCGAGGACAGUCCAUUGCAAUUGGAAAUUCGAAGACGUUUCAACGGUUAGAGAUCGUUUGCAACGAUGUAAAGAACAAUGUAAAACCGUUGCCGUUCAGCUAACCGCGACACACGUGUGGAACGAGAAAAACGAGGGAGAAAAAAGAUUGGGAACGAAUUGGGAAGUUUUGGUUCCUCAAAAACAAGGCGCCCGAUCGAUCGUUUCCUUUCGAAGCUUUAUUACACAGUCUUUAUCGUGAAAGCUCGUAACAAGAGGAUAAUAUCGAGAGUGAACAAGGACACGGCGGUGAUCUGAGGGAAGCUAGACGGGUUCACGCUUGUAUCAUAAGCAGAUUAGAUUAGAUUAAAUUAAAUAUCGAACGCUUUUGAUUUGUCGUCGGGAUCAAGGCGAACGUACUUUUACCUAUAUCGUGCAUACGUGGUAUAGCCUGAGAUACGUGCGUCGACAGCCGCGUAUAAAGCGAGAGAAUUCGAGUAGACAGAGGGAAGUACAUAUAUAUACAAAUAUAUAUAUAUAUAUAUAUACACACACACAUAUAGGAGUAGAAUCGACGAAAGAAAGUAAGACGAGAUGUACAGAGAUCCGAACAGUUCUUCGGGAAGCGGCACCUCCACAAAGGACGACGAGGUCGAGAUCGUUAGCAGAUUUUUAGCGCCUUUGUGUGCGAGAGAUGAAACUGCCAGAAACAUCGCCCUGGCGGCGGCUAGGAAUACGGUCGAGGGAUGGCUUGGAGGGGUUGGUAGUCCAAAUCACUGGGACGACACCGGUGAGAUGGAGGAUCCGGAGAACGUAGGGGGAAAGUUCAAGAGCCAAGAUGGAAGAUACGACAUGAACAUCGAGCGCUCCCCGACCAAAUCGGCUCCGCAGAAUGUCCAGCCCUCUCUGCAGCAGCCGCUGCUUCAAGAUUCCUUCAGGACGGAGGGUUUCUUCCCUCAGAGCGUCACGGAGAAUCCCGCUUUCCUGGAGGACAACAGCCUCGAAUGCUCCGAGAGAUAUCCAUCGGGCUCGUUCGAUUGCGUCGACGGCCGACUUGGGAACGAAACGGGCUACGGUACGCCGAACGAGAGGAGAAGAUACGGGGGUGACGUGGAGAGUUACAGGUCCGGGCAUUCGACGUCGUCCGACGAGGGGAAGGGUUUCAAGAUCGAGCCGUACGACAGAUUUCUAAGGUUUAAGGAUAAUUCAGAGACCCGAUUCGGAUCGAGCAGCGAGAGCGAGAGAAAAUACCUUGGCUCGUCGUCGAACGAGAGGUUGAACGAGGUGAGUCUAGAGGAUAGACCAAGAACGAAGAACUACGUGAAGGUGAAAGGCGCGAAACAAAAGCAAUUGGAGGAUGACGAGUUGGAUUCCGACAUCAGGAUUUACGGGAAGAGCCCGAAAUUCGACGAGAAUUUGGGCGCGAAUUUCGACCGCAGGAAUUUGAACUUCCGCCCGAAGGGUGACAUUCUGCCGCGCGAUCGCCGGUGUUAUGACAGCGUGGACGACGUCUCUUUCGACGAGACGGAGAUGACGAUCAGGAACCGCGACGGAGUAGUUUUCAAUACCCUGGAUGGUUUCGAGAACGAGAACGCCAAUGAAAUCUAUCACAGACAAGACGAUAAUCGUACGGAGGAUACGAAGCUGAAGAAUUUCGAAAUUUACGCAGACGAAUCUUUGGACGAAGGCCGACAUCGUUGCACGCGUGCAGAAUUACCGCAGGAGUACUUGCGUAAGAACGAAGAACGGAAGUUUAGCGCGGGUCAGAUCAAAAGACCGCUCUCACAGGACGAAGAUGUCUCUUCGAAGAGCGGCAGGGUGCUGGAGAGUCCCGACGUCACUCCCGGGGACGUUGGCAGGAUGCUUAAUCUGGGAAAUGCUUUGGAUGGUCCGAGGCAAGCUCAGGCGAAUAAGUACUUGAGCCUGGUGACGCUACAUCUACCGGUAAUAUUGAGGCUCAGCGUGAACUGCCCCUUCCAGAAUGUUAGGAUCAAAUGCGCCGAGAUCCUGGAGAUGGUUAAGGAUAGAGGACUUCCAGUACCGGUGCCGGCUUUCGAUGGACCUAGUGCCUUCGUCCCUACGUCCGAGUUACCGGAUCUGAACAACCUCGAUGAAAAGACUCAUAUUCUGUUGAUGGAUGCAUUCCUCCAGAACAACAGGCUGGAUCAUGUCUCCAGGGUGAUGGCCUCGCAUCCUUCGUACUUGGAACAUUUCCUUCGUACUCAACAUUUCAUUCUAAGGGGUGACGGACCGCUUCCUUACGACUACAGGCAUCUCAUCGCCAUUAUGGCUGCUGGAAGGCAUCAGUGCAGCUAUCUCAUAAAUCUGCAGAAAGGAGAAUUCAUCCUUCAAGGCGGUGAUCCAUCGUGGCUUCGAGGUCUGAAGUCAAUCCCAGGAAAAUUACAAGAUCUCUAUGAGAUUAACAAGAUUUUAGCUCAUAGGCCGUGGCUGUUGAACAAAACGCACAUAGAGAAACUGACCAAAGGCGCGGACAGUUGGUCUCUGGCCGAGGUGGUUCACGCGAUAGUUCUUCUGGCCCACUUUCACUCCCUCUCGUCUUUCGUAUUUUCCUGCGGGAUUAACGAAGAGCUGGACAACGUAGCCGGUCACCAUUACAAAGAGAAUGUCCAGGAUAAUAGCAAUAAUGUACCAACUGCCAAAGAUAAGCUUUCCAGUAGUCCCAAGAAGAUUCCCAAUGGCGAUGGCAAGACUGAGAACAUGCCGUCGCCGCCAUCCUCGCCGAGCAUAGUGGGUGAACAGGAAGUCGGCGUCGAAGCACUGAUGGAACGUAUGAAACGUCUUUCUGAGAAGUCCAAAUCCUACCAGAUCACGCAAGAGGAGCUGUCCAAAAGAUUCGAGACUGUAGAAACACAGUCUGCCGAAUUGGCUGCAGCGCCUCAAAGGAGUAGUUCGGUUCUCGACUCUGAUAUCGGUCAUUUCAUCGAAGAUCCCACGUUCAUUUAUCAAGACUUCGCCAAGCGUGGUCAACUGAACGAUAGACCAACGUUUCGCGUGCAGGACUACUCCUGGGACGAUCACGGUUACUCGCUGGUGAACCGUCUGUACAAUGACGUCGGUAAUCUGCUGGACGAAAAAUUCAAGACAGCUUAUAAUCUCACCUACUUUACCAUGGGCACGCACAGCAGCGUGGACACGUCCCGUUUCCGACGAGCGAUCUGGAAUUACAUUCAAUGUAUGUUUGGCAUCAGGCAUGACGAUUACGAUUACAACGAGGUGAACCAGCUGCUCGAGCGUAGCCUGAAGACGUUUAUCAAGAACGCCGUUUGUUAUCCGGAACUCGUGACAAAAAGGGACUACGAUCGCGUGAUGAGGGAGUUCAAGCACAGCGAGAAGGUUCACGUAAACCUGAUGAUUCUGGAGGCACGAAUGCAAGCGGAGCUGUUGUACGCGCUCCGCGCGGUGAUGCAAUAUAUGACCUAAGCGAGGCAUCGUCGCUGCUCCUUCGUCUACUUGCUGUCUGUCAGUUUGUCGUCGGUUUAUUUUAUCGUCUUCGCGAGGCGUCUUUGCGGACUCUGCACACGGCACAGUAAGGAACGAGCAAACGCGACACUGUUUCUCACGCAGUAUAUAACAAUGUACCUUCACACAGUGACAAAACACAUUCAUUUACACACAGCUAUAUUAUUCAUACAUAUGUACACAUAGCAGAGAACAGAGAGGAGUUCACGUUAUAAUAAACUCACCGUACACACGAAGACGUACAGAAUUGAAAACAGUAACAUAACGAAACACGCGUGUGAGCAAAGAAGAAAAAGCGGAACCCCGAAAUUCGAGUGUCCAUUGUGAGACGGCGUGGCCAGGGUGUCCGUCGUUUGCUCGUCGCUCGUAACAUUAAACGACAAAGAUUUCUUCGAUGAGUCAGUGCUGAACCGAAGGAGAGAAUCGACCUGAAAGAAAAGCUCCGCGAGGCGCGUGGAAGAAGAAAUGAAAAUUUCGAUGUAGUUGCGUCGAUAUCGAUGCCGAUGAGCGUUGAUUGGUCACGGCGAUAGAAGAUAACCGAUCCUCGAGUCGGCAAGUUAGAAGAUAUCGAUGGUUUCGUCUCUGAAUCGGAGGCAUAUCAUCCAAAGCGUUCUUUCUGUAUUUGACGCGCUACCGUUUCCGCUCUGUAAACCGGAAACGCGGAUGCGUUCUUAUUUUUCUGCUCGGUUUAGUUUUUGGAUUUUAGAAACCCUUGAUGGGGGUCGAGGAGAAGAGGAUAGAAUACACGCGAGAGAGAAAGAGAGAUUUUAUGAUUCGUUUUGUAAAUAGACACUCGUAUUUUUCUAUGUUUGCCAAGAUAUCGUAUAGUAGACUGUUAUUUGCGCGUUUCGUUAUAAGCAUUUCAGAUCUGUUGAAGCUUUUGCCCCUUCCCCGAUCGUCGCGUUUAUCCUGUCGGUAAAAUUUCCGUGCACAUUUUUAAAUUGUACUCUUUCCCGCUUUUAGUUUUAUACAAUUCCCAGCUGUAGGUACGACAGACAAUAGCGAUUAUUAUAGUACGUUCGCGGUUCUUUCUUUCUUUAUCCGCCUUUCCGUUUUCUUUUUUGCAUGUUUUAUUACUAACGAUCGCGUUUAGGAAACGAAACAAAAAGAAGUUUGAAAAGAGGGGAAGGAGAGGAGUAUCGCGCGUCCGUUUUUUCCAAAUUAAUCAACUACUCGCGGCUCUUUAUAUAUAUAUAUAUAUAUAUCGAGAAGAUUUGCUAAUACGGCACUGCAGUUAAUUGUAAGGAUAAAUUAAGAAGUCUAUUAGAACACACUGUUUCCAAUUCGAAUUGACCAAUUUGAAAUGGUCCCGUUUUUGCGUCUCUACGUCGAGACACUCGCCCCUUCGUCGCCUUUGUAUCGAUUCGUCAAUUCAAUGAUCGAAUAGACGAACAAAGACGACGAUGGAACGCGACGAACAGAAGAAACAAGUGAAAUAGACAUGGAAAGAAAUGAAACAAUUUGUCUUUCGCGCUAUGACCGCGGUUCGCGUUGUACAUAUUAUAUACGUUUUAACCUCGUUUAUUUCACUGACUAUCGUAUAACGAGAAAGCUAUUAAUAUAAAAAUGACAAAAAAGUGUACCUUCGUUUUCGUCGUAUCCGUGUGUGUCGAGAACACAGGUGAUAAAUGAAGUCUUUAGAUCGUAGGACGAUCUGCGCGCAGGCACAUGCGCGGCUUCGACGCGCGGUCUUUUUUAAAAUCGUCGCUCGAGUAGCCAUGAGCGCACGCGCAGAGACAAGCAAUGCCUAUCGGCUGUGUUUAUUUACGAUGGUUUAUGGCGCUACUGUCACCAACCAGAAAUAUACGGCAAUGUAUUACUAUCUCGAGCAAAAAUCGAACGAAGAAGAAGGAGAAAGAGAGCGAAGAAAAUCGAGGGCAAAGAGUCGUGCACGCCGCACCAAAUCUUCGACAAAUUAUUUCGUCCUUGUUGUUCGAAGGCCAGGCGUCUUUGAAAGAACUUAAAACGCGUGGCUAUUGUAUUGGAAGCUGUGCGAAACUUUUUGGCAUUAAUGCGGUGCAGCGUACGCGAAUCGUUCCGAUUUUUUAAUGGCGAAAGUGAAAGAAAAAAUCGGCAAGGACCAAGCGAAGGGGCGAACGAUCGCGAGACAAAAAGAGAGAACGAAGACUCGAAACGAUUGACCGCAUAUGCGCGUGCGUUUUAUCAACGAAUUUUCAUGCCUUUCGCGUAACGUCGUUUUACUAUAACGGCGUAGGAAACAAAGAGAAGACGAGAAAUAAUUUAAAAGGAACGUGCGAAUAAUAAGUUCGCCCCUUCUGACCUGACCAUCGAAUGGUUGGCAACAGUAGAACGCACGCGCGGCGUUAGUGUGCGAGCAGUACAGAGAGAGGCUGUUUAAACAAAUCAAAUCCAAUAUUAAGUCGUUAAGGUACACGGGAGAGAGAAAGUGCGGCACAAAAAGAAAAGGAGAUAAAAAGAAAAAAAUAAGCAAACUCUAUACACGCGAAUUACACGUGUCUGUGAUCGCAUAUUAUAUAUAUAUACAUAUAUAUAUAAUAUUAUAUAUAUAUAAUAAUAUUAUAUAAUAUAUAUAUAAUUAUAUAUAUAUAAUAUUAUAUAUAUGUAUAUAAUAGAUAUAUAACACAUAUACGCAUUAUCGAGAUAAAAAACAAACAAAAAAAUGACCGAUAUAUUAUAUAUAUGAAUAUUAUAUAUAUUAUAUAUUUGUAUGUACGCAUACGGGUACAUACGAAAAGUGUCUAUACGUUUUACGACAAAGAGGGAAGAGGAGCGCAGGCUGGCGGUGUAUUAUCGAUAUUGCACGAGAGCCGAGAGAAAGCAAAACCACUAAAAGAUAAGAAAAAUCCAUCGGAGAUGUAAGUGUAGCGUUUGUAAUUAACGGUGUCUCUUUAUUAUGUAAUUGUGUAUAUGCGCGCUCUGGAAUUAUCGUAUAUUCGUGUAUAUGAUUCCGAGUAAUUGCGUUUUCAUGGAGAGGCGCCGUCUGUUCUCUCGAUCGUGAAUCGAGUUCGGGGAGUAACGCGAAACUGAUUCGAUGUAUCUGUCCAAUCGUAGAUUUACUCUCCUAUGACCUUUUUCUUCUUUUCUUCUUUUUUUUUUUUACCUUGUAGUCUCUUUCCCUGGAUCGAUUCACGAGCGAGAGAGAUAGAAGAGCAGAGGAUAAGCGAAUAUACGGCGCAUGACCCGACGAAUUAAAAAAUUAAUUAUUGCGAUCGAAGCAGCGAACAAACACACACAUCUUAGACUUUUCGACCAACAGCGACGCGUUCACAUGGAGUGGUGGACGACGUCCUCACAUAUCACAUGAAGAGUUUAUUCAGCACGAGUCUCGUGAGCGUCGAUCGCUCUCGCGCGAUCUUAGCCGUAGACAGGAUUUAGAGCGGCGCCGUCGAGCGUUUCCUUCGUUCGUCUUUCGCUUUACACGUUCUCCAGAGUUUUCUGAAAAUUUCUGAUCAAAAUUCUCAUCCCCCGAAGGAGAAUCUUAAUGUUCCAUCAACACGCACUAUCGAACGUCGAGCAUCGUGAUUCAACGGAAGAUUAGAAUUUUCAGCAGGAAUUUUCAAAUAAUAAUUAUUCAGGCUCCGAGAGUAAAAAAAAAAAAGAUCCUUCGAUCAGCCAUGUCGUAACACCUGAGCAACCGAAAACACGAGGGAAGUGACGAGUUACUCGAUCACAGUAUUCCGUAGUUUUUUUUAACGAUUUAUUUUUCUCAAUAACUCUCUUUUUUCUUUUACAUCUUUUUCUUUGUCUUCGCGCGUCUCGAUUUUUUCGUAUUUCUCUUCUCCAUUCGUAUGAUUCUCCUCUUCUUGCACCUGAUGACGGAACACGCGUACACACACACACACAUACAGACAUACAUAUAUACACACAUACACGCGCUCGCUCGCACGCGCGAAAUAGAGUCGUUUACCUGUGCACGAUCAGAGAACGCAGAAGAAAGUUAACCGUUUACAGGGCCACCAUUUUUGACGCGAUCGUUCUCGACUUCUUCUCUUCUUCUCGGUUCCACGCGUUCCAGGAACGAGAAACCUUUGAUGUAUUUUUUCGUAAACCGGUUCGAAGAUCGCGUUUGUAUUUAAGGAUAUCCGUUUGUCAGUCCUAAACGAUAUUUAAUAACGUAGAUUGUAUAAAAGGAAUUAUUUAACGCGUAUAUAUGUAUAUGUAUUUAAUGUUUUCGAUGCGGCGCGUCGACACACGGCUUGUAAACGGUUAAAAAGGAAAAAAACAAGGAAUGAAAUAAAUGAAAAAGGAGCAGAUCUCUCCGACCAAAGAAAACUUUUAAUAUCGAGGCUUUUCGAGACAACUUUAAAACCGUCAUUCGAUCAUCAACCAUUUUUAUACGCCAGUUCUCAUCGUUACACGAAAUCGUUCCUGAUCGAGAUCGAUCGCGAAGGGUACUUUAUUCUCCAUCGUUCGAACAGAGUGAUCGAAAGCUAAGGGAAAAAGAAAAGAAAGAAGUUCGUCUUCGAGCUACACACUCACUAUUUCUUCCAUCUGUCUCUUGCUUUCUUCUUCCGUUUCCACUUUUCUUCGUCUACCUUUCUCUUUUUCUGUUUCUUUGUUUCGUCCAAUGACUAGUUCGUACGAACAACAUCUGUAAAUUAGAAGAAAUUCGUGGAUCGCGAACGAGCGAGAGAACUCGACAGAGAUCGCCUCGAGGAUGGGAAAAAAAAAAUGGAUGAAAUUGCGGUGUUCGCGGCGCGAUUCAACGCCCGGACUGAUCUCAUAAAAUAAAUAAGCAUUCUAAUAGUUGGGAGAGAGAAAAAGUGGAAGGAAGAAUGAGCUUCGUGAUUGCUAGAUUUAGAGAAAAAGAGGAAACGAUCGUUUGUUAACGGAAAUAGAAGGGGAAGAAGGUUGAGCGAGGAGGCAACGAUCUUCAUUGAUAAUUUUCUUUCCUCUCCGCCUAGAUUUCCUGACGUGAUCAAGUUUUGCGAAACAGCCAACGCGUGUUUUUACCUUUUCGUCUUCACUUUUCCUUUCUGUAUCGGUGGAAGAGACGCGCUUGCGAUAGAAGUGAUAAAAGAUCAGGUUUUCAGGUUUUCCGUUUUAUGUGUUUGUUUUAAAAUAAACGGUGGAUAUCAUCCCGUCAGGAUAUCGGGCGAAGUUGGACGCCUCGAUAAAAAGCACGCAAGCGAGAGAAAAAAAGAAUAUAAGAGCAUGGAGGUGGACGCGAGAACAAAAAGACCCAGAGAGUAUUCGAUCGAAAGAAAGAACGAGGCAUUUGUUCUACAUGCAUAGACACACCAUACAUGCAUCAUACAUAGCACGCGUACGUGUAUCGUUUCUUUGCUUUCUUCUUCAUACUAUUAUUAUUAUUAUUAUUAUUAUUAUUAUUACUACUAUUAUUAUUAUUUUUAUUAUUAUUAUUAAUAUUACUACUACUACUAUUACUAUUACUACUAUUACUAUUACUACUACUAUUACUACUACUACCACUACUACUACCACUAUUAUUCUACUUCGUUUCAUUGUUUUUUUCUUUCUCUUUUUUCAAUUUCGACGAUAGAUCGACACACAGCUAUAAAGCGUUACACAAACACGAUACCCCACAUACAUUUACAUAGAGACAGACAACACACUCUUAUAUAAAGUAUGAACGCGUAUUAUCAAGAAGAAAUAUUGUUUAUCGAUCGCGAAUGAACGUACAUGUUCGCAUCGCGAACUCGAGCCACCUCCGAAAGUCACAAAAACAUAUAUAAAAAUAAUAAAAAAAGAAAAAAACAAGCAUAUUACAAUAGAAAAAAAGGUGAAAACCGCAAAAAAAAUAUUACGAAAAAAAAAAAAAGAAGAAUAACGGAGCAACAAAACAUUUACAUGCCACCGUGUCGAGUAUGAUCGUGUGAUAAUUACAAGUAAUUUGACUAGGCCCUUCCAAAAUGGAUUCAGUCGGUUAUAUUAUUAUUAUUGUAUCGUAUCAGAAGAAAUCGUAGGGCACGCUGGUGUCUGCUCGAAUCCGCUCCAUCUGCCGCGAUCGUAAAUUCCCUCGGGUUUUAUACGUUUAUACAUUUUUUCUCGCGUUUUCCUUUUCUUCCCUUUUUUUUUUUUUUUCUUUAUUUAAGUAGAGAUGAUUUCUCAUCCCCGAAAACUCGGAGAAUUCCAUUCAUGCGACUCCGCCUGAAACAUCACGGUUACGUUGAUUCGAUUAAGCGACGCGGUCGAAGCCUAAUCUUAUCAUGAGCCGUAGCGUGAGACGCUAUAAUCGUAGUACUUCAUGGAAUUAUUCCGGGGACAAAGCACGUUGUGAUUGUUUCGCGAGAUCUAUUUUUCUUCGUUGUCCAUUUCGUCCGUCGAUCGAUUCGAUGUUGAUCGUGUAUUUUAUAUUAUUCGCGGUAAAAAGAUUUCCAAGUUUCGAACGAUAGGGAAAGAGAGAGAGAGAGAGAAAGAGAGAGAGAGAGAGAAAGAGAGUGAGAGAGAGAGUGAGAGAGAGGGGAGGAAAUCGCGCGCGAUAAAAUAGCGCGUGAAUCGAGCCGACACGAGCGUGUAAGCGUUACGUGGAGGGUCGUAUGUGAUGUGAUUUCUUUUAUAUCAUAACGAAUGAUGAACACUAAGAAAUGUUAUAGUUUCAUAUAAGUGAUAUGUUAUUUGUCAUUUAUUUUAUCCCUUAAUAAAUGAUGUUAUAUAAAAAAAAA